AUGACGCUCUGCUGCGGCUUGGACUGCGUAUCGAUCCUGGGCUGCUCCCGGUGGGUCUGGAAGCGCUGCACCUACGUCGGCUCCGACGACAGCGCCACGUGGCCCCCCGCCACCCCCGACGAGUUCCAGCCAGUCCCCCGCGUCUGCCGCCUCAUCCUCGCCGUUUACCAUCCUGAUAUCCGCCACCCUGAGUUCCCGCCCUCCGGCGGCUACCGCCUCAACCCCGACUGGCUCGUCAAGCGUGUCACCUACGAGCAGACCCUUGGCCAUGCCCCGCCCUACAUCAUCUACGUCGACCAUGACCACCGGGAGAUUGUCCUCGCGAUCCGCGGCCUCAACCUCGCCAAGGAGAGCGACUACGAGCUCCUGCUGGACAAUCGGCGCGGCAUGCAGAUGUACGACGGGGGUUACGUCCACCGCGGGCUGAUGAAGUCGGCGACUUGGCUGCUGGAUGAGGAAUCGGAGACGUUGAAGAGGCUGUGGGUCGAGAAUGGGUCAAAUUACCGCAUCAUUUUUGCGGGCCACUCGCUUGGGUCUGGCGUGGCUUCGCUCUUGGCGGUGAUCGUGGCGAACCAUGGGGAUCAGCUGGGCGGAGUUCCGCGGAGUAAACUGCGGUGUUACGCGGUGGCUCCGGCAAGGUGUAUCUCGCUUAAUUUGGCGGUGAAGUAUGCUGACGUGAUUCACUCUAUAAUCUUGCAGGAUGAUUUUUUACCACGAACUUCUAUCCCCUUGGAGGAUAUUUUCAAGUCAAUUUUCUGCUUGCCAUGCUUACUGUUUGCAGUCUGCCUGAGGGACACCUUUAUACCUGAGGGUAGGAAGCUCAGAGACCCAAGGAGACUUUAUGCACCUGGAAGAAUGUAUCAUAUUGUUGAAAGAAAAUUUUGCAGAUGUGGGAGGUAUCCUCCAGAAGUAAGAACUGCUAUUCCGGUUGAUGGGAGAUUCGAGCAUAUCGUCUUAUCUUGUAAUGCCACAUCUGAUCAUGGAAUUAUCUGGAUAGAAAGAGAAGCAGAAAAGGCUUUGCAAAUAAUGAGGGAGAGCAGUGCUGAGACCGUAACAACUGCUCCAAACAUACAAAAGUUCGAGAGGUUGAGGUCAAUAGAGAAGGAGCACAAAGAUGCACUGGAAAGAGCAGUGAGCUUAAACAUUCGCCAUGCUGUGACCUCUCAAGAUGAGGAAAGCCCGGAUUCAAAUCCUCAAGAUCGGUCACAGCCUUCACAGGAAGAAAAGUCUGCUGACAUCGUCCUGGAUGACAAAGCCAGGCCUCGUGAUGUGAGGACCAAUUAG